AUGGACUCUAUGGCUCAGAAUGGAAGCACAAUCUCAGAUGGGCGCAAGCGUGUUCUGGUCGUCGGCGCUGGCGCUGCUGGUAUGUCUACAGCAUAUCACCUGUCGCAACAUCCUGAUAAAUUCCAUGUCACUCUGAUAGAUGCUGUGGAUUAUUGUGGCGGGCAAGCGUUCUCUAUUCCACUGGACAAAGAACGUUAUGGGGCGUCAUGGUGCAAUCAAGGUGUUCAAGUAUGA